AUGAUUCAGCAUACUUCUGGCAGAUGUCCACAGAGAACUGAGAAGGAGAGAAGACAGAUUCAAGUCUGGAUGAAAAGAAAACAAAAAGAAAGAAUGAUAGAGUAUUUAAAUCAACUGACAGAAAAGAGAGGGCAAGAACAUGAUCCUUUCUGCCCCACAAGCAAUCAAUUUUGCAUGACUUCAAGGGAAAUCAGGCUGAGACAGAAGAUGAAGCAUGAAAAAGAUAGAUUGGUAUUCUCUGACCACUAUAGUUGUCGAAUCUCACAGGCAUAUAAUUUCAUGAAUGAGCUGUUAUCUGAAUCAGUGCAGCCACCAGCAAUUGCAUGGAAACGUUUGCCUAACAAACCCAGAACUGCUCAACUUUCCAGACAGCAAUGCUCCCCUUCUCUAAGAGGAGAGAAUCCACAUGGACACAAUUUUUCAAUAAAUCAACCUGGAAAAGUCAGAUAUAUUUACAAAUCAAGUUGCGCACCCCAAAAGGGAAAACAUUUUCAGCAACCUUCAGGUUCACCUUGGCCACGUGGCUCUGAUGCUCCAUGUCAUAGCCCACAGCAUAAAAGAAGACAUGUAAGUGCUGGGCUUGCACCUCAAACCAAGCAGGUGUGUGUAGAGUAUGAGAGAGAGGAGACUGUGGUGAGUCCCUGGGUGUUAACUUCAGAAGUCUGUAAGAUUCUUCAUGAGAGUCACAGUUCCCUUCUGCAUAGCUUGUCAUCAACUGAGGAAGAAGAGCUGGAGCCUCCUUUUGGGGUGAGUGGCGUGGACAGCAUGUCUGAGAGCACUGGCAGCAUCCUCAGCAAGCUUGAUUAGAAUGCCAUUGAGAACAUGGUGGCCGGUGUAGAGGACAAGAGUUUGUCCACUAGGCCUUAGGCCUGUAAGACCUGGAUAUCAAAGAAACGGCCAGCACCUCAGUACAUGGAUAUGAAAGAUUUGUGGGUUUAAGGGAGAGGAACAAGGAAGGAAGCACU